AUGCAAGGAGAACAGCUGCUCAUUUCUGGACUGGACGGAGGAGCGUGCAGCACUACCAAGGCAGCCGCCAUGACAAUGUUCGCAGCGCACAAAGAUCGCUCAGCAGCUCAAACGAAAAUCCGCGAUAUGGCUAGAACAUGCUGCGGUUUGAACCUUGGAUAUCCCAUCAAUCCUGCUCGUGAUCUGGGGCCAAGGAUUUUCGCUCAUUUCAUUUAUGGGCCAGAGGUGUGGACAUUCCAUGACUACUACUUUUGGAUACCUAUAAUAGCUCCAUUGUUUGGUGGUAUAUUUGCGGGAUGGCUUUACCACGUAUGCAUUGGAGCCCACAUUCCGGAUCCAGCAGAUUACAAAGCCAUGCAGGAAGGUGCGGACUCACUAUUGCGCGAACACGCGGAACCAUUACUAGCCCAUACACAAAGCGGAGAGAAGGACGAAAAGAAGGAGAGCAAAGAGAAGUGA